CCAAAAUUUCCUUUAUUGAGACCGCCCCCCUUCGCCCCGGUCCCCAGAGCUGCGCCUGCGCAGAACCCGCGCAGGGGAGGUGCCCUCUGGCGGGGCGUGACACAGCCCGGUGACGUCACCGCGGUGACGCCGCCGUGGCGGUGCGUGCCUUGUGACGCCAGGGGAGCGCGACUGGCGGGGCCGGUUGGGCCGGGGCCGGCCGCGCUUAUGGAGGACGAAGACUGCCCCGACCUGGUCCCGAUCGGCGCCCAUGGCGCGGAGCAGGGGGAUGCCAGCCCCGGCGGGAAGAUCCCCGUGACAAUCAUCACGGGGUACUUGGGAGCUGGAAAAACAACUCUUCUAAAUUACAUACUGACAGAGCAGCAUAACAAAAGAAUAGCAGUUAUUCUGAAUGAAUUCGGAGAAGGAAGUGCCUUGGAGAAAUCUUUGGCAAUCAGUCAAGGGGGAGAACUCUAUGAAGAAUGGCUGGAGCUCAGAAAUGGCUGCUUGUGUUGUUCAGUAAAGGACAAUGGUGUGAAAGCAAUUGAGAACCUGAUGCAACGGAGAGGAAAAUUUGACUAUAUAUUGUUAGAAACAACUGGUUUGGCAGAUCCAGGAGCUGUGGCCUCCAUGUUCUGGGUUGAUUCUGAGCUGGGAAGUGACAUUUAUCUUGACGGUAUUGUGUCUGUUGUUGAUGCAAAGCAUGGAUUACAGCACUUGACAGAGGAGAAACCAGAAGGUCUUAUCAAUGAAGCAUCUCGGCAGGUUGCAUUAGCUGACCUUAUAAUCAUCAAUAAAACAGAUUUGGUUUCAGAGGAAGAGUUGAAUAAAGUCAGAACAUCUGUGAGGUCAAUAAAUGGACUUGUUAAAAUCCUAGAGACACAAAGAUCAAGAGUUGAUCUCUCUAAUGUCUUGGACCUACAUGCUUUUGACAGUCUAUCUGGAGUAAGUUUGCAGAAAAAGCUUGAGCAUGUAAAGACAACACAUGCGCAUCUAGAUAAGGCUAUAAUUACAGUAACAUUUGAAGUUCCAGGAAAUAUAAAAGAAGAAAAUUUAAAUCUCUUUAUUCAGAAUCUUCUAUGGGAGAAGAAUGUAAAAGAUAAGACUGGGUGCACCAUGGAGGUCAUAAGACUGAAGGGACUGGUAUCUAUUCAAGGCAAAUCUCAUCAAGUGAUAGUCCAAGGUGUCCAUGAGCUCUAUGACCUAGAAGAGACUUCAGUAGCCUGGAAAGAAGAUGAAAAGAGAACCAACAGGCUGGUUCUAAUUGGCAGGAACUUGGACAAGGAGAUCAUCAAAGAAGUAUUCAUAGCCACUGUGAGAGAAACAAGGAAACAGUUGACAGAAAAAUAUAAAAAAGAUUAAAUGUCAGUUUUAAUCCUGCAAGGAUUUUAUAACAGAAAAGACUGAAUGGCACAGACUGUAGUAGUUGCUCUAUCCUCUUGCAGUUUGUGCAACAGUUAAACCCUGAAGUCUUCCCAAGAAUUCCAGCUGACCUACUGUUUAAAGAUUAGCUCUUAUGGUCUAGAAUCAAACACAGUUCUCCUACUUUGGAUUUGGCUGAGCCUGCGUCAGCAACAUCAUGGAACUGUGCUGAAAUGCAGAUGGGCAAAAGGCUGUUAUAUUCUACAUGAAGCGUUACUCUGGGGAUAUAGGAAACAUGUUUGAAAUAUAGUGCUUUCUCUUGAUUACAUUCUUCCACUGGAAAUGAAGCAAUAGAUUAUUGCCAGUGAUGUAAUCACAGUACAGAAUGUUUGGUGUUUACUAUUAAACUGUCUUCCAUCUCUUUCCA